UUCCCCUGGAUGAAAGAGUCUCGACAAAACACCAAGCAGAAAAACAGCGGCUCCAGUUCAGCCACAUUUGAUCUGGGAAAGAGCAAGAAGCUUCAAAUGUGUUCUUAAAGGCCAGAAGCUGUCAAAGCGGUUGGCCCGGGAAGAUUGAUCGCGCGCAGGCUUCAGCGGAUCUUUGUUUGGAGUAAAAGCAAGAAAAUUAAAAAGAGAGAGAGAGAGAGAGAGAGAGAGGAAAGAAACCCAGCCUACAUCUUCCAACAGCAUGUAUAUUUGUAAGGCACCCUUUUUCAUCCUCCCUCCCUCCCCUCCCUCCUUCCUUCCUUUCCUGUCAAAGAUGCAUUAAAUAGCAACCCCAAUCUACAUUUUUUUAAAAAAUGUGAACAAAUUAUUGCAAUAUCUCGGCCCCUCCCCCACCCCUUCCUCAGCCCCUGAUCCAUAUUGUGGGAGUUUAUUUGCUUGAAAUCAAAAAGGGGUUUUGCUUUUUUUUUCUUUUUUGCUUAAAAAAAAAUCACCUUUAAAAACAUUCUCUCUCUCUCUCUUUUUGCUUAGCUUCACUCCACCUGAAGAUGUAAUGGUCAGUUUAUUGUUUUAAGCGCUUCCAAGCUCUGCUCAGGAUUCUGCUCUGAAAUGUAACAAGGACUCGAGGUAGCGGAUGGAGCACUUUCGGGCUUCACUGGAAUGUAUAAAUAUAGAAAGAGAAGCUCUUCCAUCCCACCCCUCUCGCCUUGCAGAAAGCCCUCUUCCAAAAAUAAAGGAGGAUGCGCGGCCUUUUUCCUGGUUUGCUUUGAAGAAGAGGAAACCUUCGCCUCGUUCCCACCGUGUCCUUCUGGGUCUUCUUCUCUCCUCCAGCGCUGUCCACCCCUCCCCUCAUUUACCUUUUGUAAAAAUAAUAAUAAUAAUAAUAGUAAUUGAGGCGAUUGAAGAGCUAUCCUGUCCAAACCAUCGGCAUCGCGGAAUGAAUGAGCAAAUCGAAUAAACCGUGCGCUCCAAAACGAGAUGAAGCGCUAAAUAAGAGGGAACUUUUUCUCCAAGGGGGCUGCGAGUUGAAGGCCAUGAAUUUCGAAUUUGAGCGAGAGAUUGGUUUUAUCAAUAGUCAGCCAUCGCUCGCUGAGUGCCUGACAUCUUUUCCCCCUGUCGGUGAUACAUUUCAAAGUUCAUCAAUCAAGAACUCGACGCUUUCACACUCGACACUGAUUCCUCCUCCUUUUGAGCAGACCAUCCCCAGCCUGAACCCAGGCAGCCACCCUCGCCACAGCAGCAGCAGCCGCCCCAAGCACAGCCCCAAUGCCAGCAGCGGCAGCCCAGUGCCAGCCGGCGCCCUCCAGCCUCCGGAAUACCCCUGGAUGAAGGAGAAAAAAGCCUCCAAGAAAACUGUCCUGCCGCCUCCUUCGGCCUCCGCCACUGGACCAGCCUGCCUGAGCCACAAAGCAGAAUCUCUGGAGAUUUCCGAAAAUGGGACCGGGGGCUCCAGGAGGCUGAGGACUGCUUACACCAACACGCAGCUCUUGGAGCUGGAGAAGGAAUUCCAUUUCAACAAGUACCUCUGCAGACCGAGGCGGGUGGAGAUCGCCGCUCUCCUGGAUCUGACCGAGAGGCAAGUCAAGGUGUGGUUUCAGAACAGGAGGAUGAAGCACAAGAGGCAGACCCAGUGCAAGGAGAACCAGAACAGCGAAGGGAAAUUCAAAGGCUUGGAGGAUCCCGAGAAAGCAGAAGACGACGAGGAGGAGGAGGAAGAGGAGGAGGAGGAGGAGAAAUCCCUCUUCGAGCAAGCCCUCAACAAUGUCUCAGGCGCGCUUUCGGAAAGGGAAGGCUACACUUUUCAGCAGAAUGCACUAGCGCAACAGCAGGCUGUCACUGUCCACAAUGGAGAGUCCCAAAGUUUCCCAGUUUCGCCUUUAACGAGCAAUGAGAAAAAUCUGAAACAUUUUCAGCAUCAGUCACCCACUGUUCCCAACUGCCUGUCAACAAUGGCCCAGAACUGUGCAGCUGGCCUGAACAAUGACAGUCCUGAGGCCCUGGAGGUGCCUUCUUUACAGGACUUCAGCGUUUUCUCCGCAGAUUCCUGCCUACAGCUCUCCGACGCCGUCUCCCCCAGUCUGCCAGGGUCCCUCGACAGCCCUGUAGAUAUUUCAGCUGACAGCUUUGACUUUUUUACAGAUACACUCACCACAAUUGACUUGCAGCAUCUGAAUUACUGAGAAAUGACAGACCAACUUUUCCGAAAAGGGUUAUUUCCCCCCUCUCCUUUUCCUUUUUUUGGGGGAGCGGGAGGGGGAGGGGGAUGACUUGAUUUAAUUUCUUUCCCUUUUCCUGGUCAGUAUUUUCCUGAUUAUUUUUAUUUUUCCUUCUCGGUGUGUUGGAGAGCUUAUUUUGCCGUUUGCCUAUGACAUUUUUAGUUGUGUCCGGUUUUAAACCUAGUCCCAUUCUAGGUCCUUCUAUGAAAAGCAAUAUAUAAGGCCUGUAAGAAAGUGAUCAUAUCAAAAUUGUAUCUUCACUUUCUUUUUAUUUUUGUAUUACAUUAGGAUGCGUUGUCAUAAGUAUUUUUGGUAGAAUAAAUUCUUGUUUGCUACAAGCA